CUUUUUAAUCUGUGUACCGUGCAGCGAGAAAAUGGUGUGGAAAUUGUUAUGAAAUAAAAUAAAAAUAGCAAUAAAAUACAAUAUUAAGAAACUAUACAUUAUAAAGACACAAAAUAGAACUUAUCAAGACUGUAAAAUAUGGAUGAAUAUUCAAGAGAGCCGUGUCCAUGGCGUGUACUUGAUGAUUCUGGUGGGGCUUUUAUUAUGGGGGCUAUUGGAGGCGGCAUAUUCCACUCCAUCAAAGGUUUUAGAAAUGCGCCAGUUGGUUUCAAUCGAAAAAUGCUCGGAAGUUUAGCUGCUAUCAAAGAAAGAUCUCCAAUUGUGGCUGGAAACUUUGCAGUAUGGGGUGGGAUGUUCUCCACGAUAGAUUGUUCUCUAGUAUACUUACGACAGAAGGAGGACCCUUGGAAUUCAAUAAUGAGUGGAGCACUAACAGGAGGCAUACUUGCUGCUAGAAAUGGUGUUCCAGCAAUGGCUGGCAGUGCUUUAGUGGGAGGUAUCCUCCUUGCACUAAUUGAAGGAAUUGGUAUAAUGUUCACUCGACUUUCAGCGGAGCAGUUCAAACCACAGCAACCUAUUUUCGAAGAUCCUUCCAUAUUAGGGCAAAGUCAAGGGCAGAGCCAAUCUUACCAGUAGGAUACUACAUAGGAAUAAAUCUCAUUUGUGCAGUAUGAAAAUUUAUGUGAUGUAGAAAUUGUUUAACUUUAUUUUUGCCUAAUUGAAAGAAAGUGUACUUGUUUUGUGUUAUUAGGGAAAUACGUUAUUUUAUGGCCAGGAUACAAAAUAAUAUGGUUAAACUAAAAACAUAUCUCUUAUCCUUUACAGUGAAAUAUGGCCAUGAUUUGCUAUUCGGAGAUAAAAAAUGUUUUAUAUAAUAUUUACCUUAAAUUAUCACAAUUUGUUGCUAGCUAUAUAAUACAUACAACAACAUGACAAGAUUUUUUUUAAAAUCAAUAGAAGUAUAAUCAUAGAUUCAAGUACACUAACAAUUUAUAUUUUAAUGCAUAAUUUUUCAAACUGUACAUAAAGUAAUACUAGAAGAGAAUGUUUUGUGAAAAGAAUAAGAUUAAUUGGCCUUCAUCCUUGACAUAUUUAAGUGGAUUAUUUGCUUCUGUGAUAUUUUCAGUUCCAUACUGAUUGCUUAUAAUUCCACUUAACAUUACUUUUGUUCAGUAUGGCAGACAUUAGAAUUGUUAUUACUUAUUAUUAUUUUUGAAAUCAAUCACUUAUUACCUGCAAUUAUCAAAUUCAACUUAUUUAUUUGUUUCCCAUAUAGUUGAAUGAUUUGUAUGUGUUGUAAAGGACAAAAACUUUAGAAGGGUGAGAGCAGAUCAUUGUGAAGAUUUAUUUAUAUCCCAUUUUCAAAUUUGUGUCUCGUUGUUAACAUCUAUUGAUUUUGUUUUGUACAAACAUACAAGUUGCAAGUAAUAUGUUAUGAUUAUAAUGGUUUGAAACAGAAAAUAAACGAGGGUUUAU